GUUUAAUAAGUUUAUUAAUAAAACAAUUCGGCAAACAAAUUUUAAAUUUUAUUAGUAUAGUGGUCAGACAAUUAUUUAGCUACGAAGCUGUAUAAAUAAUAUAAUAAAACUUCUCGAGUGUAAUUUUGCCUUGUAUUGGAAAAGUUUUAAGUGAUGAAUUACAUCAGGCUAAACCGCAUUUUGAACAAGCAAAGGCCACAUGGUGAAACCUUGACAACUGAGCCAUACAUAAUAUGAAUUAUGAACUACUACAUUUCCCAUCCCAUGAAUUUAUGCUUCCGUCAUGGCCGGCGACUCCUAAAACAAUUGUUUUAUGCAUCUAAUAAUUCAAUUCACUUUGCCAACUGAUAAAACAAAUUUAAUUGCAACAACUCCAAAUCGCAUCAUCCAACCCAUCUCUCCAAAUAAUACGAUAAUAACUUACUAAUCAACCAAACCCUCCCACAUUCAAUCUACUCCAUUUCUUUUAAUCAAGAGUUCGUUGAGUCUAAAUUCCUUAUUAUAAGAUUUGCACUGAUUCGGCACGAUAUUAGUUAGCCAACGCAAAGUUAAGUUACGUAAUUCAACGAUAAGAAUGGAUAUAGAUUAAUCAAGAGCUAUAUAGAAAGGCCCCCACCAAUUAAUAAUUAACUCCCUCCAAAUGCCCAAUUUUUCUGCUUCCAAUUUGUCUUAUGUUAAUUUCUUCAAAGAUUCUGGGGAACGUCAAAAAUUGUUCGCUCCAAAUUCCAUCAUAGAAUAAUCAGGAAAUUCCUCCCCCGAGAACCUACCUUCUUCUCCUUGACUCCCUCUCUUAAUCCAUUUCAUACUCAAAACAAUGCCACAUAAUAUAUAUUAACCACCUUCAUUUAUGUUCAAAUUCAAUUUUGGUUUUUCUUGCCUCCCUUGUGAAUUUUUUGGCGCUGCUGCAGCGUGCAGGUGCUUGUGAUGAAUGAUAGUAGAUGGUUGGGUUGUGUGGGGUGUGGCCUUCAAGAACAGCUUGAUUAAUAGCGAUCACGUGAUUUACAUGCUUUAAUACACCUCCAUUUCAUUCAUUUCACUCGGAAGGAUUGAGGGGGGACGACGAGGAGUCGUCACGGCGGCCACCACGUCGACGACGACUUUGCUGGACUUAUUGACAGAAAGUAUGAUGAACGCCGGUUCCGAUCAUUUGACCCGACGAAAGUCUUUCAAAUUGCGGCUAGGAUUCAACGGACUUUGUGGGGCCAUGUGGGGUUACGGCCCAAACAGCACCAUGAGCGUCAGAGGCGACGAGGAUGCCGGCGGCAGCGACGGCGGCGGCGCCGGUAGCGGCAGUGCCGGAGAUUAUGAAGAGGGAAGAGUUUCCACCGCGAUGGGAACAGGGGGUGUGAACCUCGGUCAAGAUUUUCUAGGAAACAGGUCAACGCCGGCGUGCGGCGGAGACGCUCCGGCGCCGUCGGGGAUGAAUCUGGCAGCGGCUUUGGCGGCGGAGAGGCAGUUCAGGGCGGCCCAGGAGUUCGAGGGGUUUAGUCAAAGCCCAACAACAAGACUAUCUGAUGUCAACAAUAACCAGGUGGGUGCGGCAACACAAAGGGAACAAGGGACGCCGCUGAGAAUGUCGUUGAUGAAAUUAUUGGAAGAAACGGACGGGUGCGAUGAGGAGAUGAAAGAAGGAGCGGCGGGGGUGGAUUCCAUGUGCUGCGUGUGUAUGGGAAGGAAAAGGGGCGCAGCGUUCAUACCAUGUGGCCACACUUUUUGCCGGGUGUGUUCCAGGGAAUUAUGGUUGAAUCGAGGGCUCUGUCCCCUUUGCAAUCGUACGAUCCUUGAGAUUCUCGAUAUUUUCUAGUAAAUCAUCGUAGUAAUAUGGAGAUUGUGGAUGAAUUAUAAUGAUGAUCAUCAUCUGCUUCAUCUGAUGGAAGUUUUUUUUCCCACAGUUCUAAUUACCUCCAUAUAGUAUAUCAUAAUAAUUCAACGAUUACAUUGUUCAACCUGGCAAGUACAAUUACAUUCUCCAAUUUUGUAUCUGGGAAGAAGACGUACACGUUAUACAUUCCCUUUUCUUUACUAUACUUUUUUUUUUUUGGGAAAGUUUGGCUUAAGGACAGAAAAACAAGUCAAAUUAAUAAAAGGGCGGUAGUUUAUAUGUCA